AUGAAGAAGAGGUGGUCUGCCUGCUGGAUGAAGAAAGAAGCUCUCGUGAAAGAGGAGGAAGAGGGGGCUGUUACAAUACAAAAACAAGUAGAGGUUGAGGCUGUUCCCGUGAAAGAAGAAGAGAAAGAGGUCCCAGUUAAAGAAGAGGAAGACUUGUUCAGAGUCAAAGAGGACGGCGACGUUUCAGUGAAAGAAGAGGAGGGGGAGGUGACUGUCUCAUCGAACAAUGAAGAAGAGGAGGAAACUGGAAUUCUGGGCCCGGUUUCCCAAACGCAUCUUAAGGCGUCCGAUGGUUCUAACGAUGAACGAGCCCUGAUUAACACUGGAGAGAGACGUGACAAUCCUGGAUCCUCUGGGGGGCCUCAACAACCUCAUGAUGCUGACAGGGCAGAGAAGAGUCUCUCCACUUCAAAACACCUCAAGAAACACCAGCAGCGACCCACAGGGAAGAAAUCUCAUUGCUGCUCUGACUGUGGGAAAGGUUGCAAAUCUUCAUCAGAACUUAAAGUACACCAGAGAACACACACAGGAGAGAAACCUUAUAGCUGUGGUCAAUGUGGGAGGAGUUUUACCACAUCUAGCGGCCUGACAUUACACCAGAGAACACACACAGGAGAGAAACCUUAUAGCUGUGGUCAAUGUGGGAGGACUUUUACUUCAUCUAGCGGUCUGACAUUACACCAGAGACAACACACAGGAGAGAAACCUUAUAGCUGUGAUCAAUGUGGGAGGAGUUUUGUUAAAUCUAGCCAUCUGACAGUACACCAGAGAACACACACAGGAGAGAAACCUUAUAGCUGUGAUCAAUGUGGGAGGAGUUUUGUUCAAGCUAGCCAUCUGACUCAGCACCAGAGAACACACACAGGAGAGAAACCUUAUAGCUGUGAUCAAUGUGGGAGGAGUUUUGUUAAAUCUAGCCAUCUGACUUCACACCAGAGAACACACACAGGAGAGAAGCCUUAUAGCUGUGAUCAAUGUGGGAAGAGAUACUCUGAAAAAAGAUCUCUGAUCAAACAUCAAAAAAUACAUACAUAA